CGAAAAGUAAGGUUGUUUUGCGGUUCUACUCUAGGGGAAUCGUUUGCAAAUUAGUUCGACAAAGGCCACUGUGAGUUUUAUCCGAAACGAUGGCGGUGAUGGUGAUGGUCCGUAGCUCUUGCUUCCUCACUCGCCCCAACUCCUCCUCCAAACCCUUCACGGCCGAUCAAUUCUCUCCCAAGUCCCAUCUUCCCGGAAAAUUAGCUUCGUUUUCAUUAAAAGUGGAAAAGCUUAAAUCAUCAUUCAAAGAUACUUACAAUGAAGUGUUAAAGAUACACCAUAUACUACCGAGCUCAAAUAGUCAGGGAAAUAUGCAGGUCAACUUCCCGGCAGUGGCAAUUUUUGUUAGCAAUGCUCUGGUCACUAUUCCUUUUAAAGCUUUGGCUGAAACAUGUGAGGCUGAUAAUUCUAUGUCCAACAUGCCUGUGCUGCUCGCUGUAGCUCUUAUUGGGGCUACUGUUGGAGGCUUGCUAGCUCGGCAAAGGAAGGCAGAGCUGCAACGACUGAAUGAACAGCUUCGCCAGAUAAAUGCAGCACUUCGAAGACAAGCGAAGAUAGAGUCUUAUGCUCCCACUUUAAGUUAUGCUCCUACAGCAGGAAGAAUACCAGAGAGUGAAGUAAUAGUUGAUUCAAGGAAGCAGGAACUGAUUUCUCGUUUGAAGGCUGGGAAGAAUUAUUUGAGGAAUCAAGAACCAGAGAAAGCAUUUGUGGAAUUUAAGUCAGCUCUUGAACUUGCUAAAGAUUUGAACGAUGCUAUUGAGGAGAAGAAGGCAGCGAGAGGCUUAGGAGCUUCGCUUCAAAGGCAAGGCAAGUAUCAGGAGGCUAUCAAUUACCAUUCCAUAGUUUUGGAGAUCUCUAACCGUGAAAGAGAGAAUUCAGGAAACACCGAAGCAUAUGGAGCAAUAGCCGAUUGUUAUACCGAGCUUGGGGAUCUUGAGCGUGCAGCAAAAUUCUAUGACCAGUACAUUUCGAGAUUGGAAAAAGACUGAUCAACUCAUUUUGUUAAAAAUGUUCCAUUGUGUUAGAAAUUUAUUUGAGGGGCCUGUCAGAGACAUUAGCCUGCGGAUCUUUUCAGUUUGCUUGUGUUCAACCGUGUAGAAUGCUUUAAACUCAAUUUAAAUAAAGAUUUAAAGGGAGAGUAGUCAA